AUGGUGUUAAUUACCGCAGAUCUCAUUCGAAAACGUGCAGAACACAAUGAUGGGGAGAUAUACUCUCUUGAAGAAGUGGCUUUACAUCAACAAAAUCUUGAAAAGAUUGAGCUUAUUGAGAACUUGUGUAAAAGCCUUAGAAUAUUAUAUCUACAAAAUAAUCUCAUUCCAAAAAUCGAAAAUCUUUCAAAGCUGAAAAAACUAGAAUAUUUGAAUUUAGCUCUAAAUAAUAUUGAAAAAGUGGAGAACUUAGAAGGUUGCGAAUCCUUAAAAAAGCUAGAUUUGACAGUAAAUUUUAUUGGGGACUUGUUUAGUAUUGAAUGUUUAGGUAAUGUGCAUUUUCUUGAAGAACUUUAUUUAACUGGAAAUCCGUGCACAGAAUAUCCAGGGUAUAGAGAAUUUGUGAUUGCUACGUUACCGCAAUUAAAAGUAAAGAUAGAUUUUCUUUUUUUACAUGUAAAGUUGCUAGAUGGAGUGGAAAUAACUAAAUCGGAACGCAUUAUCGCAUUGCAAAACUUGGAACGUAUUCGUCCAAUCAUAGAAGAAAAACAAAGAGAGCACGGAUUGAAAAGAAAUUCUGAAAAGGUCGAAGCAGUACGAAGAAAAGAAAGAUUCGCCAAGGCAAAUACAGAUUCCAGUUACACAACUAUGGGUUUAGAAGAAUAUUGGUCUGAAAAAGUUCCUUACACACCCGAAUCACGAAUUGAAACACAUGAAUAUAUGCAACGAAAAGAAAAAUCAAGACAAGAAACAAAAAGCUCAAGGAUAGAACCGCGAGUAAUCACAAAAUAUUUUGCCGAAGACGGCCGACCAUACAAUAUCAACACAGCUAAGAUAGAGUUCAACCUCAAGGAAGAUAUAUUAGACGAUCACGAUGUUUACAUACUCGAUGUUGCUGUAUAUAAGCAUAUGGAUACAGCUUUGAUAAAAUGCGACAUACAGGUCAAUUACGUUCGAGUAACACUUAAAAGAAAGGUUUUCCAACUAGCUUUACCAGAUGAAGUUAGAGCCGAUGCUUCACAUGUUAAGCGUUCUUUAACGACAGGACAUUUGCUGAUUACUAUGCCAAAGGCAUCUCAGGAAAUCAGAAUAUCGGCAAAUGAUGAACAUAAAAGUUCUCACGAAAAAAACAAGAAAACAAAUCAUAUUUUUGUUCAGGAUUUUAAUAAGCCAAACGCUACUUUUAGUGAACUAUCUGGAAACAAUUCAUCAAAAUGUAAGGAAUCGUUUCUUCACAUCAAAAAACAAUCGACGACCCCAAGAAUGUACAACGAAUAUAUUGAAGACUGUUCAGACGUUCCACCGCUUAUUUGA